GGCCACCAAGAACCAAUAAUCGCCAAAGACGAAGUACCUAAGAAGUUAACCUACAAUACUUGGAAUACGAAAACCCGCAAGGGGGAGUUCCAGCAGUUCGACGACGGACCUAGCGAAAUUCAAAAAUUGGGACACUAUGGUUAUGAAGUAAACCAUGCGGAGUUUGAGAAGGUCCGCCAAUGGUACUUCGAUACUCUCACACUCACAGCGACCGAUUCUCUCUUCAAUCCACAAACUGGGAAAAAUAUCAUGACGUUCAUGCACCUCGAUAAAGGUGAACAGUACGUUGAUCAUCACAACCUUUUCGUUUCUGCUGGGGAUAUCACGGGCUGCACCGCAAACCAUUGCAGCUUCGAGGUCGAUGACUUUGACAGCGAGUUGAAGGGUCAUAAUUUCUUGGCCAAAAGAGGAUGGUCACUCGUUUGGGGCAUAGGCAGGCAUCUGCUUGGAAGCCAAAUUUUUGAC